AUGUAUAAUAUUCGUCCAAAAGGUCAAGGUUUCGAAAUAUUAAAACCAGAUCUCUACACAUUAUUAUCUGGUAAUAAUUCCUAUCGAUCAUUAACUCCAUUGAAUAGUUGCAGACAAGAUGCAAUUAAUAUGAAUAGUGUAUUAUUAAAAUUAAAUUUCUCACAUGUUGUAUUGUCAAUUGAUUCAAUAUAUCAAAGAAUGCAACGGAUUACUGAACAUUUUAAUGAAUUAGUUGAAAAUAAUGAUUUAGUAUUCAUCUAUUACAAUGGACAUAGUGCUGGACAUCAAGGUAAAAUUGCAAAAGGAAUAUGUUUAUCAAAAGAAGGCGCAUUUCCUUUUGAAGAUCGGUUAAGGUCUAUUUCUCUUCUUCUAAACUUAGCUAAAUGGUUUGAACGUAUAAUGGCUGCUAGAAUUGAGGCGUGGUGUGUCGAACACGGUAUACAAACUGAAGAGCAGUCAGGAUUUAUGUCUCAUCGAAGAUUACAAACCCGCAUUAUCUCUCUCGUAGAAGAACUGAGAUUAACAGUAGCCGCUUGCAAUGGACCUGCAUUAUGUUUGUUUAUUGAUUUUGAAACAGCAUUCGAUAAGCUAUGGUAUCCUGCUCUAUUUAUGACACUGAAAGAUCUGGAAAUGCCGCUGUCUUUAAGGCGAUGGAUAUGUGACUGGUUGCAAAACAGGUCAAUGUAUAUUAGUUAUGGAGGUGCAGUUUCUAGGGUUUUCAAUGUUUUAGUAGGAGCUCCACAAGGUUCCGUUCUUGCUGCGCUACUGUUUCGUUUACAUAUUCACUUUUUACCAUCAUAUUUUAUGAAGGCAAUAUCUCAUCUAUUCGCCGAUGAUCUUACAAUGAUCAUACAAGGUGCGCUUGAGAAAAAACUAACAAAAAAUAUAAAAUAUCUGGAAGAACAAGCAAAUUCUAUUUUGAAAUCUUUAGAAAAAUUCGCAGACAAUUGUUUUCUACCAGUAAACGUCAAAAAGACGAAAGCUAUCUCUAACACUAUAAUUAAUAAAAUAAUAGUGGAUGAUCGUUUGUGUACGAAUUGUGAUCAUAAAAUUGUUAAAGUUUUAAUUGCUUCAAAUAUCGACCGUUCUCCACCAAUAACACGAAAAAUUUAUAAUUAUAAUGCUACAGACUAA